CUCGUCUCAUCCAUUGCUCUAACUUAGAUUAACCACCCCUUAGCAAAAACUGUUAGCUGCUGAUCUUUGAUCCUCUGAUACAGAUAGGGAAAGUUCCCAUAUCAUCUUUCUCGCGCGCCAUCGACUCUGCAUCACCCACUGAAUCUCAUCACCAUUCCAGCGAUGUGUUACGGUCACCAACGUUCCUUAUCACCAGACGACCUAAUCCCUUCACGAAACCGCCGAUCCGAAAACGACAACACAUCUGUAGUAGAAGAUCUUCGCGGCCGGCUCGCCGAAACUGAGGCUCGGCUGGAGCGAGCUAGGGCUCGAGAAGCUGAGCUCAGUCGCCGGCUUGAGGAAAUGAAGCGAUUCGUCUCCGUUAUGGAGAUCCUUGAAUCAUACCUCAAGCGAAGGUUUCGCGAGCAGCAAGAACACGUCGCUCGCCUAUUCUCUUCUGUACCAGCUAAAUGCACUUAAUGACUGUCGGUGAUUUUAACUGAUACUCUGCUCUUGUUUAUAUUUUCUUUUUCUUUUCUUGGUGGAAAAAAAAUUGGGGAUUUUGCCCCUGUGAAUCCGUGGUGUGAUUUUGUGCUGUGUUUGAUAGUUUUAUGAAAAUGGUUACUAUCAAAUAUAAGAAUGAAUAGAUUUAGAUUUUCUUUUUUGUGCGUCUAUCUGAUUUUUGUGGUUCCUAGGGUAUUGGUUUUCUUCUCUAUUUCUGUUUGUAGGAACUUGUAGUGAUUUUACUAGCUUUUGAAGUGAAAUUAUUAUCCUGUAAAUUGCCCUUAGAUUUUUUGAAAGGGAAAUGCAUUGAAUUUACUACUCUCA